GGUUAUUUGUGAUAUCCUAAAACGAUUUUAGGAUUUUAAAAACAUAAAACAGAAAAAGAGAAAACAGAAGGUGUGUAGCUAAUUUGAAAACAAAAACCAAAAUAUCAAAAACAAAAAAGCCAUAAUAAUUAAAAGUUAAAAGAAAAAAAUCCCGUAAAAUCAAUAAACUUUAUUUUUUGUUGUGCUCUUUUUUUUGUUUUUAAAUAUUUAAUUAAUUAGAUUUAACAUUCAAAAUAAAAAAUUUAGAAAAAAAAACAGGAUAAGAAUUUAGAAAUCAAAAAUGACUGAAAAUUUUUAAUAGUAUCGAAAAUAAUAAAAGAAAAAUAUCAUAAUAAAAAAUUUCUUAAAAGACAAAAACAAAAAUGCAUAAAAAGAAAAAAAAUUUAAGUUAAAAAAAAAUUAAAUAAAUAAAUAGAGAAUUUUUUUUUUGUGUAAAACUAAAAAAAAAAUUUCUAAAAUAACAAAAAAAAAUUUGUGAAAAAAUAAAAAAUUUAGUUUAAAAAAAAAGUUAAUUACAAAAUUAAAAUAAAAACAAAAUAGAAAAUUAAAAAAAAAAAAAAUUACAAAAACAAAAAUAUAUAUAUCGUAGUGAUGUAUAAAUAUGGAUCCAAACAGAGGGUACUGUCACAGUUCAUCAUCACACCAAUCUCAUCAUUCACAUCACCAACAAUCGCAUUUACAAAUAGGUUCAUCAUCUUCAUCAUCAACCUCAUCAGCAUCAUCAUCACAACAACAGCAACAACAACAUCAUCAUCAUCAACAACAGCAACAACAACAACAACAGCAAUCACAACAAUAUGGAAACGAAUUAAUACCAUCAACAAAAUCAAACAACAGAGAAAACAGAGAAAACAACAACAGCAGCAACAGCAACAAUCAUCAUCACAACAACAACAACAACAGCAACAACAGCAACAGCAGCAGCAGCAAAUCACAUUUAAACAGUACUACAGCCGGAAAUUAUAUAAAUGUUGUUCCAGUGCCUAUUGGUGUCCAAUAUCAUCGGAGGAAAUUAACACCACAAGAUUAUCAACCUCGUUUAUAUUAUAACAGUAGUGAUUAUAGAUGUCGAGAAGAUUUUUAUUCAAUAGGAUCAGCUGCCGGUACAAUAGCAUCAUCAUCACAGCAACAACAACAACACCAACAACAGCAACAAAUUGAUGUUGUUGAUCAAGCUUUAAUAAAUAGUCGAGUUGUUGCAACACAAACAAAUAAUAAUAAUAAUACAAAUAAUAAUAAUACAAGUAAUAAUAAUAAUAAUAAUAGUAAUAAUAGUAAUUGUAAUUUUAGUAGUAAUAAUAGCUGUGACCAACAAAUUAUAUCUGCUGUCAAUAAUAAUGGCAAUGGUAAUAAUAUUAGUAGUAAUAAUGGAGGCUGUGGUACACCAGUACAACCCCCUGUAUUAUAUACAGUGCAUAGGGUUGUUACGACAGCACAAAUACAAACAGCAGGUGGUAAUACAUUUGCAACAUCAUCAAGUGUAUCAAGUGUAGUUAGUGCUGUAAGAAGUGAAGUUGAUUGUAAUUUAUUACAGCAACAAUCAACACCAGGAACUAGUGGAUUACAAAUACAGGGUGCAACUAGUUCAUCAGUAUUAAAUAAUUCACCUGGUAAGGAUUCAAUUUUAAAUUUUGAACUCUAUGCUGGUAAGCUUUAAAAUAUAUUAAUUUAUAUAACACAGUUGAUUAAACAAUAAAUAACUUUUUAUAUAAUAAGCGCUCUUAUUCCAACAUUGGAUAAUUUGAGGUUGUUUCGCUUAUUCAACUGGCCAGGCUCAUUAAUAGAUUGAGCAGAUGAAUACAACUUCUUAACAACUUGACAAAAUUUACCAAUAUCGAAUACAUAUUUUAUCGUUAUAAACCUUUUGAACGACAUAAAAGCAAAAUGAAAAUCAACUCAAUUUUAAAAUCAUUCGAAAAUCAAAUUUUAAAACAAAUAAUAAAUUAUAAUUCAAAAUUAAAAUAUGCUGAAACUACUACGUUAAUACUCCCGUAUUACUUAAGAAUAUUGAAUUUAUUAGUCUUAAACAGAAUCGAGCAGGGAGUUUGUAAAUAACUUUUACACGUACCAUAAAAUUUCUAAUUAUACGUUAAAAUACUUGAGUUUGUUGACAUAACAAAGUCUGAAAGAGCUCAUAAUUAAAUCAUGUUUAGUAACUCUUCCACUUGGUGGUAACUCUUGCUUUUGUGUAGGUUUUUUGAAAAUUAACGAGAUUUUUUUAUGUACCACGUAAUAUCAAAUAACAUAGAUUUGUGUGAAAUUUAUUGUCUUAUUAACUACAGUAUCAUUUAAAUUUAUGUCAUAUAUAUUUUCUCUCUAUAGUAAGGAAGUUGAGGUCAAACUGACAACAAUUAUGUUAAUUAAUAGCUUUGUAGGAUUUAAUUAAAAGAUAAUAAUUUCGUAAUUGCUUUCCUCUUUUUUUUUUCUUUCUAAUUUCUAUCAAAAUUUUUUUUUCCUUAACAAUUUUUUGUUUUUUUUUUUACAUCUUUAUCGUAAUCGUGGCCAUAUCUUAAUCAUUUUGUGUAAUGUAUUUGACAUUGACAUUCUUUGUAUUUUCUCCUCUUUAUUAAAAUGUCAUAUUCAAAAAUAAGUAAUAGAAGAGAAGCAAUAAUAGAAUAUAAUAGGAGAGAGAGAAAAAAAAUUAAAGAUAUGAGAUAACUUAACUGUUAUUAAAUAAAAACAACAGAUGGCGUUCAUAGGUGAAUUACGUUAAAAUUAAAAUAAAAUGGUGAAUAUUUGUGUACACUGUUGUUUUUCUUGAAAUAAAAGAAAAAACAAACAUAAAUAAUAGAUGAAAAAUUUAGACAGGAUGAAGGAAAACUCAAAUUUAGUAAUGUUAUAUAACAUAAACGUAAAAUGUCAUAAAUUAUAUUUAUACCUAAAUCGUUUUUAGAAUUUUUUGCAUAAACAUUAUGUACUUAAAUUUUAUAAUAGGCAGAUUGGUUUUAGUUAGA